AUGCCUCGUAUACCUGGAAGACUUGCUGAUUCUUUACGAAUCCAGGCUACGUUUGCAGACAAAUUUGUCGUUCACUUUCGGGACUCCAUGGGUUUUUGUUGUACACAGACAAAGAUCGCUUCUCCAUCUGAAUCGGGCCAGUUCCUCGGUUUCGACAUCGGCUUGGAGAACUACGUUCCGCGUCCGUCUACGGCAAAGAGCGCCUCUAUAAGGAUAGCUGUCGGAUUGUGGGAUUCCUCUCCUCCUCUCCUCCUCCAUACAAGCGUUAUUCCCUGGCCCACUACGACUGAUGGUGAGAUACGUACGCACCGGUCACUCAUACGACCACUGGAUCCCACUGUCAGCGGAAGUGAGGAUGGAAUUUCGAUG